AUGGCCCCCUUGUUCAAACGACUCAAGAGUCUCAUCAUCGGCACUUCCGCACCUUCGAAUCAAAAGACCGAAGCGCCCUCGCCUUCCUCGGCCUGGACCGCGACCUCGUCUGUUGCUUCGGCCCACCCACACCACCCGGCGGCCUCGGCGACGGCCUUCUCGCCCACCGCCGAUGCGGCUGCCGGUCCCUCCGACACGAGCCCCGCGUCCCCCUCCUCUUCCGCCCGCACCAACAAGACCACGACACUCAUCGAUUCGGUCAUCCCCAUCACCGUCACCCCUCCAACACCAGGUACCGUGGAUCCAGACUACCUCCCUUUUGCCGAUACCAAGACUGCCCCACCACCUCCACCUCCACCUCCACCACCACCACUACCAGCAGCACCCGCAACGAUGGCCCCCGUCGACUCCAGCUCGUCUUCGGACCAGCCCAAGUUCAACCCGACAGAAGUGACCGUCAUCUUUGUUCUCGGUGGCCCAGGAGCAGGUCAGUUCAUUCUUAUGUCCCUUGGUCGCGGUGUGUGUGGUUGUCGAGUCGUGAUAACUGACGCGCGCGGCACGUCAUCAUCCCUUCCCCAUCUCUUUGUCGACGCGUCGUACCGGUGGAUGAACAGGCAAGGGCACGCAAUGCGCUCGCUUGGUCGAUGAUUACCGAUUCGUUCAUCUCUCGGGUAAGCAGAAACGACCAUUCGCCUUCUCGUAUUUGACGUUACCACGAGCUAACGUGCACUACCGUCAAUCCGCUUUCGCUUUCAAAUAGCCGGUGAUCUCCUCCGAGCCGAACAACAACGACCCGACUCCAAAGUCGGCGCCAUGAUCAAAGAGUACAUCACCGAAGGCAAGAUCGUGCCUAUGGAAGUGACGAUCCAACUUCUGUCCAACGCGAUGAGCGACGCCAUGGCUAAAGAUGCGGAUAAAAAGAGGUUCCUCGUCGAUGGGUUCCCGAGAAAGAUGGACCAGGCGAUCAAGUUUGAUGAGAGUGUGAGUGGGGGAGGGAGCUCAUGGUGGAGUUGAGUUAGCGAUACGGCGGAGCGAGCGCUGAUGGCAGCUGAAUUGCUUCCCACAGGUGUGCCCUUCUUCGCUCGUCUUGUUCUUGGUUUGCCCGGAGGAGAUUCUCCAAGAGCGAUUGUUGGAACGUGGCAAGACGAGUGGGCGAGACGACGACAACGCCGAGAGCAUCAAGAAGCGUUUCAGUGAGUGUUGCAUUCUCGCCAAAAUACGCCUUCUCUGGCAAUACACUCGGGAUUAGGCGCUGACCUUGUGAUUUUGGGGAAUGCUGGUGGUUUCCUGCACUACAGAGACUUUUAUCGACACCUCUAUGCCCGUUGUCGACUACUACCGGGAGAAGGGCAAGGUCGUCGAGGUCAGUCCGAGUCGGCGGUCAUUCGCGACGACUGGAUUUUGGCUGCUGACAUGAAAGCACUUUCCUUGCCAUGACUGAAUUAAAAGAUCGACUCAUCGAAAACGAUCGAUCAAGUCUACGCUUCCAUCGUCAAGGGUGUUGAACCCGUGCUGAACCAGUACUAA